UAUACACUUGCAAAAGUUUCUUUGAAAGAAGAGAGAGAACAAAAUUUGCCCAAAAAAAAAAAAACUCUCCUGCAUUUCUCAUGAACUUCGGAGUCGUGUUGGGUUUCUAUUGUUGGGAUUGGGAGUUCUUAACUGCCCUUCUUCUUUUCUCCACCCCCUCUUCUAUCUAACAAACCAUUUAAAUUUUCUAGAUUUUUUUUUUUCAAACACCCAAAAAAGGGUUGAUUCAUUUUGUGUUUCUCUACUCAUUUCACCAAUUUUCUUGAAAAUAUUCCAGCCUUCCUUCUCCUUUCAAGGAUUAUCUGAAAGAGAUAAUUCAGUACUUCUUGGUCGUGAAUAUCUGAACCAAAAGAAUUCUCUUUUUUUUUUGUGUGUGUUAUUAUGAGGGUAAUGGAGGUAUUAGAAGAAGCUCAAAUAAGUGAUGAAAAAAGUAAUUUGUUGUUAGAGUAUGCUGUGAGGAAGUCAUCACCAUCACCUUUCUUGUUGAAAACCUACAUGUUGGUGGAAGAUCCGGCGACCGACGACGUUGUUUCUUGGAAUUCCGAUGGAUCGGCGUUUGUUGUGUGGCAGCCAGCAGAAUUUGCAAGGGAUUUACUUCCUACUCUCUUUAAGCAUAGCAACUUCUCUAGCUUUGUCCGGCAGCUCAAUACCUAUGGUUUUCGUAAAGUUGCAACAAGUCGUUGGGAGUUCAGCAAUGACAAGUUCAGAAAGGGCGAAAGAGAUUUACUAUGUGAGAUUCGUCGAAGAAAAGCAUGGACAAACAGGCAACUUCGAAACAACAACAAUGGCGGAUUGAGUCAGGGAGCAAAUAGUAACAUGAAAGAAAUAGAAGAAGAUCAAAGGUCGGCAUCAUCAACUUCAUCAUCACCUGAAUAUACAAAUCUUGUCGACGAAAAUAAAAGGUUGAAAAUGGAAAAUGGAGUCCUUAGUUCUGAGCUUUCACUCAUGAAAAACAAGUGCAAAGAAUUAAUUGAUAUUGUUAGCAUAUGUGCUAAAAAUCCAGAGAAAGAAGGAGAAGAAAAGCAACAAGAUGAGAGGCCAAUGUUAUUUGGAGUAAGAUUGGAAGUUCAAGAAGAGAUGGAGAGGAAGAGAAAAAGAGUUGAACUUAACGAAAUAGCUAGUGUUUUCCUCUCUCAAUUAUGCAAAUAAAUUGGAAAUUCAGAGAGAAAAUCAAGUGGUUAAUUAAUAAAUGUAAUUGUACUGUGUUAUUCAUAUCAUUUCAUGCAAAUUAUUAGUAUUUAAUUAGCAUGUAGUGACUACUUUAGUGGAGAUAUAUACUUGAUGUUUACAUAAGUUGUAUAAAUUUUGCAAGUGUUAUUAUUUCACAUGAAAUGUUAACACAGCAUACAACCUUUUUAACGUUA